AAUUUAUAUAAACAUGGUUUUGUUUCACUAUCCUAACUUAAGUAAAAAUACUAUCACUGUUAAACGAUCGUGAUGUCGUUUAACUGGACUUUGUCUUUGGUUCUUUUUUGUAUUGGCUUCAACUCUGUAUAUUUUCAAUGUAUUGAGAAGGAUUGUGUUUGCCACUGCACGUGUUGCUCAUUUUGCAUUGAGACCUGUAAAUACUGCUACAGGGAGUGGAGUGGUACGCCAUCUAAUGGAUGCCAAAGAAAAAACAUUGCUUACAACCCGCAAACAGCUUCACAGACAUCAACAUUUGAUGAAAAAUAUGCCAGUAAUGCAGUUGAUGAAGAUGGGAGCUCCUAUUCUAGAACCAAAGCUGGCCUCAAUGUCACAUUUUCCUUAACAUUUUCAGAGGUCAAAAGAUUAAAAAAUAUAUAUAUCGAUUAUUACGAACUAGGUCAAACUGGAGCUCGUUAUGAAGUUUAUGUGAAAAACUCUACCGAAACCUCUCUAAACAUUGCUAACUUGUGUAGAGCUUUCAUUUCAAUUGCAACGAAAUAUUUGAAUUCUAGUUUAACGUGUGCUCAAACUAUGAUCGGAGAUUCAGUAGUUAUCAGGAAGGUCGGCCGGGGAAGUUUAUUGUUUUACGAAGUAAAAGUCUAUGAGUGUAGUCAGGGCACAUACGGAUAUUUUUGUGACAAAAGAUGUUCCAACUGCUUAGACAACCAGUGUGACGGAUUCACAGGAGUUUGUGCAUCAGGUUGUAAGUCUGGUUGGUAUGGAAAAAAUUGUGACAGAGAAUGUCCCUUUAAUUGUAAAAGUCCUUCUUUCUGUAAUAGAUAUUUAGGAUGCACAGAGUGCCCUGAUGGCUUUAGUGGGCCCAGAUGUUAUAAAUGUACGACAGGUACUUACGGUAAAAACUGUAGCUUAAAGUGCCUGAAUUGUGAUCCAUAUAACUGUGACAAUGUCAUUGGAUGUCAAGAAUGUUAUCCUGGUUUUCACGGCCCAAAUUGUACUAUGUCCUGUCCAGAGAACUGCAAAAAUAAAAGCUGUUUGAAACAGUAUGGAGACUGUUAUGACGGGUGUGAAGACGGAUUCAUGGGACCAAAAUGCGAUACAUCUUGCAAUAUAAAUUGUGCCACUUGUAUUUUAAAUGAUCGGUGUUCAUCAUGUGUCGCAGGAUUGCAUGGUGGACAGUGUGAAUUAACAUGUCCCGAGACAUGUGGCGGGAAAAGGGCAUGCGAUAAAGAUACAGGCCGGUGUGAUGAAUGUGGUGCUGGAAAAUAUGGUGAAAAUUGCACACAAUUCUGCAGUAAAAAUUGCAUAUCAGGUACAUGUCGAAGGGAUGGAGAAUGUAUCGGUGGGUGUAAAGAAGGAUGGCUAGGUCUGAUUUGCAGCAUGGAAUGUUCCGAAAAUUAUUGCUCAGAAUGUAUUUUAUCUGAUUCAGCAGUUUUGUGUAGCAGAUGUGAUGAUGGUUACUUUCUAGACACAGAAAACAAGUGCCAGAGUUGUUCAUCUAAUUGUUUGUCUUGUGAGAGUGAAUUAAAAUGUACCCGGUGUAAACCUACGUUUACUGGAAAUUUGUGCGAGGAAUGUAGUAAAUAUUGCAUUGAUCACUUGUGUUACAUGGAUGGAAUUUGUGCAUCCGGGUGUAAAAAUAGAAAGUAUGGUGUAGGAUGUUCUAGUGCAUGCAAUGCUUAUUGUGAACAUUGUUAUGAUGAAUAUAACUGUACACAGUGUUUACCUGGAUAUUACGGACGAAAUUGUAGUUUUUCUUGCUCUUAUCAAAACUGUUACUGCACUUUGCAGAAAAACUGUCUCUCCUGUAAUCCUGGAUUUUAUGGAAAACACUGCCAAAAUUCUUGUCCUCCAAACUGUCUGACAUGUAAUGCUUUUGAUUACUGUACCUCCUGUAGGGGAGGAUGGUCAGGCAGGAUAUGUCAAUGUAAUGUAAACUGUAAGGACGAAUCUGGAGACAAUGGAAAGUGUGUUAAUGGAUGUAAAGGUUCGUUUUACGGUGAUUACUGUAAUGCAUCCUGUCCUGUGGAAAACUGUCAGAAAUGCGAUCAGAAAUCUGGGAACUGUACUCGGUGCUCAGAUGGACGUUAUGGAAUUAAAUGUGGCCUGUAUUGUAGUAAAAAUUGUGUUGGAAAACUCUGUGACAUUGAAGGUGGGUGUCUUCAAGGAUGCGAGGAAGGAUUUACGGGGGGAAAUUGUGGGAUCACAUUAUCAACAUAUGCAUCUCAAGCAAAACCCUAUGUCAUUGCUGUUUCCGUUCUUGGAGUUCUAGUAAUCAUGUUUGCAGUCUUGCUAUUAAUUUUCCUGGUAAAACGAAGAAGAGACCGAGAAAGAAGAGUGAAGGAGACCUAUGAGAGUGUUCAAGUCACAUUCCAGGAAACAGACCACGAAUACGACAGCAUUCACAGGGAGCCUGCUAAUUAGUCCCUUACCAGUUAAACCAUAGAAGACUACAGUGAAAGUUAUUGAUUUAAUUUCGUUUAUAUUCUAGCCUCUCAAUGGUUGAUUUCCCAAAAAGAACACAAAUAAUUCUGUUUAUUCUGGUUUGGUAUGGGGACACACCCCCUUCACAAACGGCUGAAUCAUCUUAUCCCCUCAUUUUAAGUCCUCGGAAUCCAUGGAAAAUUCCAGAUUUAAUAAAUGUACCUUUAACUUCAAACAGUUGCCUCAUUCUUUACCUCAUGUAAACAAACAUCAUGGCUGCUAGAUCUAUGUGUCAGUAAUUACAUCCCCUCGCUUCCCAUUACUUCUGUUACUGCGGUUGUAUUAUUGAGCGGCAAAUUUAAACUCAUAAAAAGGAACACAAUUUUACAUCCACAGUUGUUUAAUUAUUUUAAAGUUAAAUUGAAAGGACCAGGUAAGGUGGGGUCAUGAUGGGCAAUCAAAUAUCUACAUAGAAAUAUAAAGGAAAAAUCUUUAAAACUCCUCUUCUUAAGUAUGGCGAAAUUAUACAUGUAUGCUUUAUAUAGUGACAUUCUCAAGUAAUAAAAAAUCCGAAUCCCCCCUUUCUACAAAAAGUAAACUUUUCAAUACUGGGCUGAUUCGUGUCUUUUAACAAGCCCAUGUGCUCAGGUGAGCGAUGUGGACCAUUGGCCUCCUGUUUAUAAACCGCUUCGCGGAUUAUAAAGCGUUAACUGACCCAAAACCAAGUUUCAUCGAAUAAUUUGGCAAAGAAUUAGAAUCAUUCCUUAAUUAUCCCCGUUCCAUCGAAUUCUGUCUGUCUAUCAUUCUGUUCCAAUUAGUUUCAAAACUUUUUUUUAAAUCAGAGAAUUAAUAAACUGAUCUGAUAGUCUGUAUAUGUGAGUACCUUGAGUAGUAAAAAAUCAGGUUAGGUUUGAAUUUCCUUUUGCUGCGAGAUGUUUAACGGAAUAUUUGUCAUUUUAAGUUCAUGGUACUGUAAAAUCACACAUUUCCUUGGGUCAAAUUUUAUGUUUGAGGAAAAAGAAUUGGUUUGUGGGGAUUAGAUUUCGUGGUUUGAAACGUAAAGCAGUAAUGCAUAUGAAAUUUUAAAUUCGUGGUAGACGUAGAUUCGUGGGUCUCUCAUUGCCCAGAAAACAACGAAAAUUACACUCCCAUUUUUAAAAUGAGUGAUUUGACAGUAAACAGUUACUACAUGUAGAUAACACUUUUCGGAAGCGGAUUAUUAUUAUUUCAACAAUACUCUCAGAAGUUAUGUUAAGUUGUAGAAUUUAUGCAAAGAUAUUUUGUUAAUUUAAAUCAUAGAUACAGGUUUCCGGAAACAAUGAGUCUUAAAGAGGCUGGGUGGUCGUGUUCAUUUUUAGACUAUUUAUAUCCCCUUUAGAAGAUUGAUUGAUUGUAUAAUAUAUUGUUUAACGUCUCUCUUGAGAAUUUUUCACUCAUAUGGAGAAUGUCCGUAUGCCGGUGAAGGGCUUCAAAUUUAGACCUAUACUCGGCACUCAGGGCCGUUGAGUAGUGUGGGUUCUUUAUCGUGCCAGGGCUUACCGGGACACGGGACCUUUGUUUUUAAGGUCAUAUCCAAAAGACCCGUGACUUUCACUUCUGAUGCCGAGCU